GUCGUGAAGAGGUCCGGCCUGGACCGGCGUGGGGCGCAGAUUUCAGAAACAACCCGUCAAUCGUGAUGUUUGUGUAGCGCUCAAUGAAUCGCCCAUGUCUGCGCAUAGUGUAGUUGGAAACACCCCAGUCUAGCUGGGAACACUGCAUUUUUAGGGUGCCUUUUGGUUGGCGCAAGGUAGAAUUAUUACUAGAAGAGCGGAAAGAAGCGAAAAAAUCGCUUGCCGUCAACGCUUUCGAUCUGCGAGUAGUUCUACACGGGCGUGAGCUGCAUAUCGUAUGCUGGUGAUGUUCAUUGCAGGAAACUAGCAUGCAGUUAUGGAAAACUCGGGCGGCAAAAGUGGACGCACCAAUCUGUCGGCGUCUGCACCAGCCGGCCGAGCAUCAUCCCUUCUGUCCACCACUCUACUCCGUGACAAGCACCUUCGCAUUGAUGUUGUGAAAGGAAAGUCAAUCGUGUAUCGUGACCAAGUCUGUCGUGCAAAACUGAUGUGGGAGAUUGGUUCAGCAAAGUUCAAACGAAACCUUGUCUUGGUGCUCACUCCGAAAAAUGAGAAGAAAAGCAAGGACAUCAACAUCGAUAUGUCUGAGAUGCGACUUGUCACUGCGUGUGAUCGAUUUCCAUCCGAAGUGGCUGCUUCCUUCUCCAUGCAUUUCAAGAAGAAAGUCUACCACUGUGUAGCUGAUAAUGAAGAUGACAUGUUUGGUUGGGUGGCUGCCAUUCAAUCAGCAAUGGAAGAAAGCAGGGUUCAAGAGGGUGCACCACUACUCUACCACGUCACAGUGAUUGAUAGUCCCGGUAAUGAUUCCCAAGGUGAGAGACUCCUGGAGUUCCACCCUCGGUGGAAGCCGCAUUCUCUAGUUUUCCGAUCACCUCUGAACCAAGUUGUCGUUUACAGCUGUGACAUCGUCUCCAUCAAAGCGUUUGGCUACAGCUCACGUACAGGUCACCUAUGGCUGAAGGUGUCCGAUGGUAGCCAGGUCGUUCUGCAUAUCAACGGAGUAACGGCAGCACAUGUUGCACGUAUUCUGAAGUUACAUCUUCAGGACUCGGCUGGAGAGUUAGAUGUCAACGAUCAAAUGGAAAAUGCUGAUCGUAUCUCGUACACUGUGGCAGGCAGCAAUGAGACGUCUUUCUUCACGCCCAAUGUUGUUCUGCAAUCUGGCGGCAGUCCUGCUCCUGUUGGCGUUGCUGCCAACGCAGCGGUGCAGCAUCCACUGCGCAAAAUCUCUAAGGCUAACACUAUACACAGCUAUCCAACUGAGGAGCUCAAUGGAUUCUACGAACCCAUGGCGGAGGUCAAGCAUUCGGCUAAGACCCUCACUGGCAUCUAUGCCGGUAGUGCUCCAGCUCUGUAUGAGAAGAUGGACGGUGAGGGCACAGCAUUCCUGUAUGACCAAGACGCAGCUAGCCAACACCAGGCAUCAGUUGAAGACACCAGCGAGGAUCUUUAUGACAAUACCGUAUUGCAACCACACCCCACUAUCUCAUCAGAGUCAUCAUUAGACUAUGAUCAUCUUACCCAGCCACAUCUGAUAGGUUCAGGAGAUGCUGCAGUAUCACCAGCUACUGACAGAAGACUCAAUAGAACGCAAAGCGCCAGUUCUAGUCUGGACAGCCAAGAUUGCGCACGCUACGAGCGUCUAUUUACACACAUAGAAGCUAACAGCCCUGAUCAUCCUGCACCUGAUACGCCGGACGCUACAGGUCAAACAUCAUUCCAGCGUUCUGGAGCACGGCGCUUCACUGCUGGAAGGAAAAAUGCGGCAGGGCCCCGUAGGCCCAGUGUAGAAAAUAUCCUACAACUCACCGAGCAAAUCAAGAGUUUACCUGGUUUCAAGACAGCAGCAUCGUACAAGCCACCCUUACCAGGAGAGGAUAGUGAUAGUGAGCAUAACAGUCAGUCGCUAUCAGAGAGAGAACAACCGUGCCUGACACAGCACACCCGCACCAAAUCACACAGUCCGUACGAGGCAGCUUUCGAUGAGCAGGCACUCCGUCAACCUCAAGCACAUGCCCACGUCAAACUAACCAAGCUGAGUCGUCGAGCCUGCAGCGAGACAAACCUCACCGCUAUUUCUGUGGAGAAUGAUGACGAUGAAGAUGAGGAAAACUAUGUAGUGCCGGAGAUCCGUACAAAGGGUGCGUACAGUCCGCGUGCACCUCCACUACCACCGGAUCCAGAUACUGACUGGUAUACACACAGAUUACCGAAACUACCCGCUAUGAAACCAGUCUUUCCUAAAGGUGCACGAUACCGCUCCAAGUCCAACACAAGUGCUGACGAUUGCUUGAUCAACCAGACGACCAAAUACGGCAGCAGUGGCAGUGCCACACUGGGUACUAACUGGUUGACUGAACCAGUUACAAGUAACAUGUACCGGGCACGCAGCGACUCCGACUUGAGCAAGCACGAGCGUGAGCAAGAUAUAGUGAAGGACACCAGUGAAUACAUAGAAGCAGCAGUGCCAGUGCUAGUGGCACAUGAUGAGCAUUCCUCCUCCCCGGCCAGUGAAGAUGACUACGUCAAUGUAAGUUUCCACAUGAUACGGAGCAGAUCACCGCCAAGCCACACCUCACUGGUACCAGUCAGCAAAGAAGUGAAGUUCAAUGAUAACGAUGAGCCAUCCGACUACCUGGGAAAAGUGGAACAUGACAGUUCAGGUGGGACACAUUCGCCACCAUCAAGAGUGACAUCACCCCCAGCAAGAGUGAUGUCACCACCAGCAAGAGUGAUGUCACCACCAGAAAGAGUGAUGUCACCACCAGCAAGAGUGAUGUCACCACCAGCAAGAGUAACGUCACCACAGGCAAAGUCAACACCAGUACCCAAGCCCAGGAAGCUGGCACUAGCCAAGCCAAGUGGCACUGCACUAUCACCACCACCAUCAAAUCCACCACAGACCAUCUCGUCAAAACAGCAUCAGAUUCCAAAGAAGUCACCACGUCGAAGUAAGUCCGCAUUUUCUCCACCAACAAAUGACAAGUGGCAAGACAAGCAAAUGGCUGGCAGAAGAGAAGAGCUCAAGGAAUUGCAAGGUGUAUCUGUGGCUAAAAAGGCACAAUCUCUCGCCGGACAGCUGGAGGCUGUGAUGUUUAUGCAAGCUGAGAAAGCAAGGAGUAGCCCUGGUCCAUACCAUUGACAACAGAAUUCAACUUCGAUGUCAAAUGACAGCAUAGAUAAGUUAACUAUGUACAUAUAAAUUGCAGCCACCGUUUCUUUCAGACGUUGCCAUAAUGACCUUGGAUUUUUGCACUUUUCAUGUACAUAUACACGGACUGGGCUAUGCUUCCCUGUGCUGCUCCUACUGCUGCCGACAAGAAAGAUGAAUUAACAAAUAAAUGAAUGAAUGGUUUGACCCAUAUCAGAAUACAGAUUACAGCCCGGUCUAUUCCUCCCCAUCCCACAUAUUGCAAAGUUGCUUUGCCUAUUUACUUUUCUGGCUUUGCUACAACGUCACCAGGACUACUGCCCCAGCACAUGCAAAUUUUGGUUUACAGACAAAGUAUUUUGCAAGAAAUAAACAAAAUGUCUUGUUAGAAUCGUUGCCUGAGGAUGGCGAGCACUUUGCGUGCAACUUGAA